GGCACCAGGGAGAGCAAUCUCUUCCACAGAGGCCAGGGAGCCAUGUGCCAGCCCGCCAGGCCCAGCCACGCCUGAAGCUGGGGGUCCCCACUUCCCUGUACCACAGAAUCUCCCUCCAGUCUCCCACCUCCCCGGCCUGUCUCAUUUUUCUCCUCGUCCCUUUUUCCCUCUCCCCAGCCUGCCCCCAUGUCCCUUCCCACUGGCACACAGGACAAGGGCCCGGCACGGAGAGCACUCCCAGGACUGCUGCUGCUGCUGCUCCCAGGCUCCUGGGCGUUGCCCAGGGUGCACGAACUUCAAAGCACAGCAGGGCAGCAGCUCUCGGUGAGAUGCCAGUACCCGCCCACAUCCACGGGCAGGACCUACGAAAAGAAAGGCUGGUGUAAGCAGGUGUCAGCUCUCGUGUGCACCAGGCUGGUCACCAGCUCCAAGCCCUGGACACUGGCUCAGGUCUCCCGAUUCUCAAUCUGGGACGACCCUGUUGCUGGCUUCUUCAUUGUCACCAUGACCAGCCUGAGGAAGGAAGACUCAGGACACUACUGGUGUAAAGUCUACCGCGCUUCCGACAACUCUGUCUCCAAGUCCAUCAAAUUCUACCUGGCGGUGUCUCCAGCCCCUGCCUCCACGCAGGCCACCUGGGCUUCCCCCGACCUGGUCUCAUCACAGACCCAGAGCUGUGUGUCCCCAGCUGGAAGAGCCACAGAGACCCUUGGGGCUCCAUCUGCCACCACUGCCCCUCCACAGCCACGCAACUCCACGCCCCACCUCGGCCUCCUCGCAGUCCCCCGGGCCCUGGUCCCUGCGCUCUGUGGACUCCUUGCAGCCAAGAGCCUGCUGCUGCCCGCCCUGCUGCUCUGGGCCUUGAGGAACCGACAGGUGCGGCAGCAUCGAGGGCAGUCUCUGCUGGGCUCGCUAGCUCAGCACAGGCCCUCGGCCCACAGGCGCUUCCCAUGGAGCCGCGGGACCCCAGCCCCUGAUGAAAGAAAAACCCUAGACGGGAUAAAUUUACACAAGUUUAUUUGAGCAAAGAACAAUUGGUGGAUCAGACAGCCGUCAGAACCGGAAGAGGUUUGGAGAACCCCGCUCUGCGACCUGGGCAGUGUUUAGCGACAGAACACGACUGAAGAGAGCAGAAACAAGGACAAAAAGUGGGUUCCUUGUAAAGGUUAAAGCAGAGGGGAACUUCCUUGUCAUACCAGCUAAAAGUGGCCUGUUUGGGGAUUUGCCUAUUCAUUCACCCGCCCCAAUUUAUUGGAAGGUCAGAUAAACAACCUGGUUUUAGCCUGGUGGCACUGUGGAACUUCAGCACGUGUGACUCCUUUUUGGUCUGGUCUGCUGGGCCUAGCAUGGGGGCUCAGAAUAAACCAUGACCUCCUGUGACUUAUAUCUAACACCCCGGCCGGACACCUAGGCUGCCCAGCA